CUAUCACCUUGGAGAUCACUAGCUCUAUUCAGGCUGCCCGACGGGUACCAUGGAUGAUCAGGCGAUGGAUGCUGAAGCAGCAGCUAUCUUGCGGCAAGAGGCAACUGCGUACGAUGUGUUGGGCGUCGAUCCGCGCGCAGAUGCCAAUGCUAUCAGACGAGCUUAUCACAAUCGAAGUAUGCGGUGGCAUCCGGACAGGUGCAACCACGCCCGCAGGACGGAGGUUAUGCAGCGUAUCAAUAGCUCCUAUGAAUCGGUAAGGGACGAGGCUCGCCGAGCAAACUACGACGAGUCGCUCAGGGCCGCGGCGCGGCGCGCGCGCCGGAACCGAGAUUCGCCAUGGAUCGGUGCGACAAUGCGCAACGGCGCGUACGGCCGAUUGAUGGAGUUCGUUGCGAAGGUCGACCGUGACGGUGUGUUCGAAAUGACGCUCCCCACCAUCGUGGUGGUUGGCCUCGAAAGUCACGGGAAGAGCUCGCUCAUGGAGCGGCUUGCCCUACGCGACGUGUUCCCGCGUGGGGUGGGCUUCGUGACCAGAAUGCCCAUUUUGCUGAAAUUGCGCCAGGUUAACUUCGAGAACUCGGUCGGCAUCCGCCUGAUCCGCCUGAGCGGCUCGAGUGUCGUAGAGGAAGUCGAAGAAGAAAAGAAGUUUUACGACAUCGGCCAGCGCAACUUUGCGGAGGUCGUCGCUGAGAAGAUGCAGCAGUUUAUCUCGCAGAGGGGCGGAGGUAGCGGCGACAUGCAGGUCGUUAUUGACCAUAGGAUUGAGAUCGAGAUCCGUGCCGCGGACCUGGUCGACAUCGACCUCUUAGAUCUUCCGGGCAUCGUGAGCAUGCCGAAGGAUGUUGCCGAAGCAUCGCUGCGACUGACGCGCGAGUUUCUGCAGAGAGACGACACGCUGGCGCUGUGCGUUAUCGAUGAUCUUUUGCCGGCCGUCAGAUCGUCCCAGGCACUGGGCGAGAUCGGGCGAGUCGACGGCCUGGGGGCACGCACCAUCGUGGUGCUCACGAAGGUCGACAUGUUGCAGGGUCCAUCGUCGCAGCAGAACCCGGCCCGCCUGGCGCAUCGCCUGGCAAACCCGGCCACAACGGUCGGCUUUGCGCCCAAGGCAUUCAUCCCCGUCAUCAAUCGUGGCGAAGACGACGGAAGGUCGCUCUCAGAUACGCUCGACGCCGAGGAGGCGACCUUCGCGGAGUGGAAGAGGACAACUCCAGAACUGCCCGCUGCCGACCACUUGGGCCUCACGGGAGUCCUCAAAUCUCUCAAUUCGCUCAUCGAGGAACAUAUUCGCCAAAAGUGGCUACCUCAUCAGCUCGAGAAAGCAACACGUCGACUGCAGGUGGUUCGGGAUGAAAUCGACUCGCUUGGCGCGCUGUCUGUGUCAAGAGAGCUCUUCCUUGAUCGUUUAUGUGAAGUGGUGAGUGAGAAGCUGGCAGAGUUGGACUUGAAAAAUGGUAGCAGCAAUCCCGAGAUGAAAUUCUACUAUGAUUGGAUGGCAAAAUUGAACUUUCCAGCUGAUAUACCACGGGGGGGCGGUCGAUUUAAUCGUGUUCGUCGCCGUAUGCGGGCGAAGGCCAUUUGGAAACUCAUCGUGGAAAGCGUGCCUAGUGAGGACUUGGUACGAAAACUGAUCAGCUUGGCACUUUCAGAUUCUCAGUUGCCGGUCAAGAUGGACCGUUUCGACCCGAGUAUCGGCCGCACGCUGUGCGCAUACGCGAUGAAUAACAACGCCGAAAUUGAAACGCUCGCCAACUUAGGCUUCCGUGAACAUUGUUACAGUGAACCGCUGGAUGACUAUCAGUAUCAUAAUCAUGCUGCAGCUGCUGACUCGCGAAUUAGGGAAGAGGCCAAGGAUGCGGUCCUCGAACACGUCUUCAUGCCAUUGGUUGAACGGUCCUUUUGGUCGGGUCUCCAGCUCGAUCUUCAGGAGAGCCCUCAAUCGCGGGAUCGGCGGAACCACCUCCUCGCUCAGGACGCGGCCCUGGUGCGGCUCAUUGAUGAGCUGAACCGGUUCCGCGACGGUCAACACUCUAACGCGCAGGCGCCAGCAGGUGACGGUGGGUCACCAGCAGGCGCCGGACGGGCAACACCUACGGACUCCUCGGGGCGGCGGCGUAACUCGGGGCGGCGGCGUCAUCCAAGGGGCAACCCGCCGCAAUCGCCUUUUGGCCAGUCCAGUUCGACGUUUGGCGGCGGUUCGCCAUUUGGAGGCGCCUCGCCCGCUCCCUCCGGCUUCACAGAUGCCAGUGGCGGAUUCACAUUUGGUCAUGGUGGCCCUACAUUUAGCGCGUCUCCAUCU